CUUGAUUGAUUUAUAUGCUCAGACCAUUUGUGCUUUUGGGUAAGUGGAGCAGUUGAAUUUGCAUCGAAAUCUCUACAACUGUAUGCAAAUUUUGUCCCUAUAAGAAGAGUGAUACUUGGUCUUUCUCUUCCAAUAAAGCAGUUGUUGGAGUAAAACAUGGCGAAUGGAGUAAAAUAUGCCAACAACCUUCGAACAGAUUCGUCGGACUACCGAGCUGAGCUUCUGUCACCGGCUCCAAAUGGAGAGAAUCAUGUAACUAUGGCGAGUGAACAAUCUUGGCGACUCAACAUGGAUAAGUUUCACCUUCCAGAGAGACGCAAGGAGUCCUCCUAUUUUAGCCUUGGGUAUUUUAUCAAGGCCUUAAGGAGACAUAGAAAACUUUCACAGUAUUACAAGAGACAGGAAGAGCUUCUUAAAGGGUUCAAUGAAGUGGACGCAUUUAAUGAAUUGGGCAUUUUACCUGGGAGUUUGUCAGAGGAGGAAAUGAAGCAGGUAGCAAGGAGUGAGAGGGUGGCAAUAUAUGCAUCAAAUGUGGCAAAUUUGGUGCUUUUCUUGGCAAAAGUAUAUGCAUCUGUUAUGAGUAGAUCAUUGGCAGUGAUAGCAUCAACUUUGGACUCUUUGCUGGAUCUCUUGUCAGGCUUUAUUCUGUGGUUUACUGCUUAUGCUAUGAGAAAACCAAAUCAGUAUCGCUAUCCCAUUGGCAAAAACAGGAUGCAACCUGUUGGAAUUGUUGUUUUUGCAUCCGUAAUGGCUACACUGGGGUUGCAAAUAUUGUUUGAAUCAGGCCGAGAACUGCUUAUCAAGGCACAACCUGAAAGGGAUCCCGUGAAAGAAAAAUGGAUGAUUGGGAUUAUGGUAUCAGUGACACUAGUAAAAUUGGUGCUCAUGUUAUAUUGUCGUAGAUUCCAAAACGAAAUCGUCAAGGCAUACGCUCAAGAUCAUUUCUUCGACGUUAUCACUAACUCAAUUGGUCUAGGAACUGCCGUUUUAGCCAUCAAAUUCUACUGGUGGCUCGAUCCUCUUGGUGCCAUUCUUAUAGCGUUGUACACAAUGGGGAAUUGGGCAAACACGGUGAUGGACAACGUAUGGGCCCUAAUCGGGAAGACAGCACCACCGGAGUAUUUAGCGAAGCUGACCUACUUAAUUUGGAACCACCACGAAGAGAUUAGACACAUCGAGACAGUUAGAGCCUACACCUUUGGUUCUCAGUACUUCGUGGAGGUUCACAUAGUAUUGCCUCAAGACAUGACCCUUCCCCAAUCUCAUAAUAUUGGACAGACUCUUGAAGACAAACUCGAGCAACUUCCCGAAGUGGAACGAGCUUUUGUGCAUGUGGAUUUUGAUACCAUUCAUCCGCCGGAGCACAAACCUAAAGGGACACCCUCAUCAUCACCCUGAAACUCCAUCUUCAGUCUAUAUGCCUUCCAGGAAACUAGGCUAGUUCUGUUUCCGAAUUAAUGUUUUAGUAACCUUAAUUAUCAAAUAAAAAGAAAAAACAGGAACAUGUUAUUUGCUGCUA